AGGCAAAUGGGCAGCGCUGCGCAUCCACCUGCCCUUCAGUCAAAUAAACUUCCCGGCCCUAUGAAAGGUCUCCAGUAUCCUCAGGGCCUCUAGCUGUGCCUGGUGCACUCUUUUGCUUUCAAAAUUCAAGUGUAAGUGCCCCCGCCCGUGGUGCCCUGCACCGGCGCCUGCUGAUGACGCGCUGUCUCCUCCUUCUCCUGCCUUGGGCUUGAGACUCAGGCUGGCUGGCUGGCGUUGCGCACGGUGAGAGCGCGUUGGUUUGGUGGCUUCUCCGGCCGCGCUUUGGUGUGAGCCAUGUAUCGGAGACUCUCUGCGGAGCUCGAGAACAAAAAUGAAAUGGAUUCUGAAGAUGUUCGGUUGUCUGCUCAAAAAGUACCUUUAAGGGACAAGUAUUGUCAGACUGACCAUCACCAACAUGGAUGUUGUGAAACAGAAAGUUGACUUUGUUCAGAGACCUCUAUCAACAUUUGAACAAACCCCUCUCUUCUCUAAGCAACAAUCUUUGUGCAGGUUCUUAGCAGAAGCUUUUCAGUGGACUGCGCUAACACUGGAGCCUGGAGACCCACCUUUAUUACAGCAACCUGUGCAGACUGCUAGAUCUGGUAUUCUGCAAAUUAUUGAAUGCUUUCGAUCUGGUACAAAGCAGCUUAAACACAUGUUAUUAAAAGAAGUGGAUACCAUAUUUGAAUGUAAGUCAUGCCGCAGCCUCUUCAGAGGACUUCCAAAUCUCAUCACCCAUAAACAAUUCUACUGCUUAUCUAAACAGCACGUGGAAGAACAUCCAUCCACUGAAAAUGAUAAACCGGCUCAAGAAAUAAAAGAUCUUCUGGACACGAUUUACCCAAAAGCAGAUAAAUCUGAAUUUGUAAUACAGCUAGAACCUAUACAGACAAACAAAAAUGCUGUUUUUCAGUAUGUUACAACAGCUGCGGAAAUCAGCACAGAUAACCGUAAUCCACCAGAUACUGAUCCUGGUGAGAUUCAAAUGACAGGAACAAUCUCUUCAACAACAAUUUCAACUCCACAAACAGAAGAUAAUGAAUUACCUCCUUUAGAUAAUUGCAAAAAAGAACCCAGUUCCAACCCAGUACAGGCCCUCAGUUGUGUUCCAAAGUCUAUCAAAACAGUCAGCAGCAGUCAUCCAUUUUCUUGUCGUGUUUGUAAGAAAGUUUUCACCUGCAGGCGAGGUAUAAGACGACAUAUUAAAAAAGUACACAGAAAAAAGCUUGAGGAUAUAAAGAAAUUAAUUGAAGUACAACGAAUACCAACACUAUCAAAAGGGCGUAAAAGAGCUCACACAACAUCAAGCAAAAGCUGUCACAUGUGCCAGAAAUCCUUUGCUACAAAUGCCAAUGUUAGGAGACAUAUUGAUGAAGUACACAAAGGAAUGAGACGGGAUUCCAGUGUUCCUGAAGGAACCGCAAAACCUGGAAAAAACUUGGCUCCUGAAACUACAUCUUCUAAGAAAACUAUGAAGAGUUUGCCUCGUACACAAAAGCCUUCUGGGAGAUCUGAUUUUAGUUUAAGCUCAUGCAAAUGCCCAUAUUGUAAGAGACGAUACACUUCACAUUACCUUCUAAAAAAGCAUAUUCAUAUAGUACACAAAGCAAUGGUUUCUGGAAAAGAUUCUAAACAAGAUAAAAAAAGGAAUCACGCUGCUAAUGCAGAAGUUAAAGUGAAAAUUGAAAGCUCAAACACCGUAGAACCUUCAACAAUAACUGUUUCUAAUUUGUCUAAUAGUGACUUAAAGGGAGCCAAUUCUACAAAUGAGAAAAAGAUCAUAGCAGCAGCAAAAAAAAGCAAAGUUAAACCUGAUGCAGAUUCUCCCAAGGCUAGUCCAGGUGAAAAGAAGAAAUCCAAGAAGCCCAAACUUUCAGAAGGCUUUGACUUCAAGCAGCUUUUCUGUAAACUUUGUAAAAGACAGUUCACAUCAAAACAGAAUCUUGCAAAGCAUAUUGAAUUGCAUACAGAUGGCAACAACAUUUAUGUUAAGUUUUAUAGGUGUCCUCUUUGUAGCUAUGAAACCCGUAGGAAACGUGAUGUCAUAAGACACAUUACUGUUGUGCAUAAAAAGUCACAAAGAGCUCUAGUGAAAAUAACUGCAAAUUUGGAAAGUAGGGCAAUAAAAAAACCCAUUGAAACCGUUCUAGAAAAAGUUUUGAAAAAAACUCCACAGACCGAAAAAUCAAAACAGCUUACUUUAAAACAAGAUGGAAUUUCUCCAUCUCCGAAUAAAAAACAAGAUGCAGGAGAAGCGAGCAUUGAAGUGAAAGUGACCAAAAGUUUUUCCCUGCUUAAAUGUAAUAAAUGUGGCAAAGCAUUUGCAAAAAAAACAGAUCUAGACCAGCAUAAAAGAAAUCACAGAGCAAAUUCAAAUAGCUCACCCGUGGACUCCAAAACGAAAGGAAGAAGUACAAGGUCAAAAACGCUUAUGUGAGGAUAGCUUUAUCCUUUCUACAUGAUUUCUGUAAAUUUAAGGCUUAUCUUGGUGUUACUCUAUUUGUAGUGCAGGGUUUUGGAGGUGAAUAUGAUUACACGUGCUAAACGGAGUACAACAAUCAGACUGUUGUAUGAUUUUUUGGCUUUGUAUUGCUCCGAUUCUUGUUUUUUCCUGCAUGCUGCUGAAUAAAGCAGUGCACUUACAAGAUAUGUUAUACGUACUGUAGAGAUGAUACUACAUCUUUUGCGUUGGGUCAUUUAGCUUUUUACUGUUUGCGUGACUUAAACAAAUGAAGGAUAAUUGUAAAUACUUUCUACUUCACUUAUAGAUUGAAAUGUAAUAAAUAACCUCCUAGCACUGUAUAAUUCUACAAAACUAUCCAACUGACAACUAUCAUUAAAUAUUUAUUUUCUGAUAGAUUAAUACUGCUAGGUUAUAAAAAGGGAGUCAAAAGGAAUACUUUGCUUAGAAUAAUUCUGUUAUUGCUUUGCCACAAUCUAAGCAACAUUAGCAACUUUUAUUUUUUCAAUGUGAAGAACUCUAGAUGACCUGUUUAAAAGUAAGUCUAUCUCUCUCAUUAUAAAAAUGAUAUGCUUCCCUCAUUUAAUUUAUACUGUUAUUUGCCCAAAAUAAUCUAUCGUUUUUUUUCAUAAUAAGAGUUUUUAGAAUACAGUUCAUGACGUUUAGUUGCAUUAUGCUGAUUCAGUAGACUAUCAAACAGUAUAAAAUGGCUUGGCAAGCUGCCUUUCACUACUCAAGCACUUAAUUUAAAUGCUUUUGAGUCAAGAAACUGCAUUUGGUUUACUUAUUAUUUGCAUGUGGCAAAUUUAUAAUUUUAUUCCUAAGAAAAUCUGUUGUGCUAAAAGUACCUCUUGCUUACCUUGCUAUAUGCAAGUGGUUAAUAUUUGCUUAUAUUAAAUAGCUCUGGAUAUGUGACUGUAUUCAUAGAAUAUUCCUGCUUGCAAUUUUUGGUACAAAAAGGUAUCCGGAUUGCACUAGCAAAUGAAGAGUAAAAUAGGCAGACGACUUAUAAUUGCUCUAUGCUUUGCCAAAACUAAACCAGUCUCCUUGAUGAAUGUUCUAAAUGCUGCUAAGGAUGCAUUAUUUCCCUUUACUGUGAAAUUGUUUGAUUAAAUUUGUUUUAUGUCAGGGACUGGUUAUUUUCUUAUUUUGAAAUUAGUAUUGGAUCAGAGUAACUUGAUCCACUACCUUAUGGACUAUAUUUGUGUUGUUUCACUCAUUUAAGAGUGUGUAUACUUGGAGUUUGUGCUCUUCCUGAAGUGUUUUUGUCACUUACCUGAUUUAUAUGAUUUAUUUAGCUUUGUUUAUAGAUAAAUUAAUGAAGUUUAUCUGAGUUAAGUAUGUAUACUUCAGGAGGAAAAUACUAAAACUACUUCACAAUAGAAUGGAAAUGAACCCAAGGUAAACAUUGUCACAUAGAUUUCUUAUAAUAUUUCUCUAAUGGUGUGCAAAAAUACAUAAAAUAUGUUUGACUUUUUUCAAUGUUAUUUAGAAUAAAUUUAAGUUGUUAUAUAUUACUAUUUAAUACUUUAAUAGUUUGGAACUCUGGAGAUCCCUGUGAUUACAAAACACAAUUUUGACUUUUAAAGGAUACUAAAAAAGAAAACGCAAACACUGGUCUGCUUUGGAAUGAAGCCGCCAAUGUUAUUUAUAGUGUUCUGUCCAGGUGCAGUUAGUAACAAUAUAGGCGAAACACCAGCAGCAGAUCAGUUGUUCAUCCGAGCAUUUUAAUGCAGAAUAACUCUUGCAUGGAAUGCUGUGUUGGCUUGUUGAAGAAGCAUGCCCCUGUGACAUUGCAUUUUAUUAAAUAUACCAUGCAAAGAGUUUCCCGGCAUGCAACUGCUCUGUUGAGCUGGUAUUUUAAUAAAUAUUGUUGACAUAUAUUAGGAAGUGGCCAAUCCUCAAGACCAAGGACCUAUGUUAAAAGGACAGUAUCAACUUAAAGACAAAACAGCACAAUUAAAAACUUUUGUUAAAAUGCAUUUUUGCCUAUUCUUUUAUAUUCUUGAUUUUGUAUCAUCAUAAAAAACCCAAUUAGAAAUAGUUUUUUUUUAAACUUAAUGUCCUACACCCUCUCCGAUUAUAAACAAGGCAAUUUGUUUAGAGCUCCUUAUCUGCUUUUGAACAAACCAGUUUAUUCAGUGUAGAGGGCAGGGCAAGGAUGGGAAGUGAGCAAAGCUGCUCUGUCAUUACAAUCUACCGACAGAUGAACAAAAGAUAUGUUGUAAACCUGACUGUGGGUACGUUGGUCGGCACAUAUUUAAUAGCCGAUUAGUGUCCAAUAAUAUUUUUCUUCUGUCAUAAAUCUUUAUUAAACUAAUUACAAUUUAUUUCAUCACCCAGUUAGUUUUCUUGUUCUAAAAGGUAGGUUCAGAAAAUGGUCUAAUUCCAGCAGUAUAUUUGUAUGAAACAAUCGUAACUUGCAUACUAUUUUCAGUAGAAAAACAAUUUUUGUGUGCUUUUUUUUUUUGUAAAAAUGAAUAACAGGCAUUUGUUUUAAUAUUUUUUUUAAAUAGAUGUUGCAUAUUAUCAGAUCUAAUACACUCCUGUGAUCCGAAUGUGUUUUAAAAAAAGUAAUAGUUCUGUGAUGGCACAUGCCCUUUUUGGAUAAUUGUAUGAUAUUUGCUGGAAAUAAAAAUGAACUGGAAUGUU